AUGUCCACGUGUCAGGAGCGAGGCGUGGAAUGCUUGGGCGAUGGCCACGUGUACGGCAGACCGAACGGAUCGCGAUCUGCUGAACGAGAAACCCUUGUUCUCCAAUCGGGCACGUGCGGCUCCCCCAGGUUUUCGAGCUCCGCCCAGUCGCCUGCCGGCACCCCGCCUUCGUUCCGCCCCCACACCUCCGCCUCCCCCUAUUUCCCUACUCCGCCACGGCCGCCCACCACAAUCUCCGCACAAACUCCUCCCGAACCCUCUCGCGUGCCGUUUCCCCCGUUCCACGACUGGAUCCCCUCCGCAACAUGGUCGCCUUUGUCCCCACCGUCGCGCCGUCCGUCGCUGCCGCGUCGAGCUCCUUCCUCGCGAGCGCCUCCUCCCUGCGCAAUGACCGCCCCGCCGUCCCGCUCGCGCCCGCCCGCCGCAUCGCCCCCUCCAUGA